CAGAGUUCUGAGAGAGAUCUGCAGUCUCGUGUGCAGGAGCUACAGCAACAGCUGCAGUCCAGGAACUGGGAGAAUGCAGAUCUCCAGUCAAGCAAUCAGGAACUACACUCCAGGAAUUUGGCCAAGGACAGGGAGCUAGCUGAGGCUCGGCAGCAACUGAGACAGAAGGAGGAAGAGUUAGCUAGACAAGGAGCAGAGCUGACAAGAGCAGAGGAGACUAUCAGGAGAGAGCAGCAGCAGAUUCAGGAGAUGAGACAGAGAGUUAGACAGAGAGACUCAGAGCCGACUCAGAGGACAAAGAUGACUCAGUCUGGUCGUCUAGCAACAGCUGUACCUGACCCUGAAAUUAAACCUACAAAGUGUACGCAGCUCUCUCUGUAAACAUCUGGCAGAAAUCUGAUUAUCUCUUACAACACGUGCAUAUCACUAAGUACGGUAGUACUUAGUAUAUACGGAUUGACAUGGUACCUAGCAUCAUAGAUGUAUGGGGCUAUGAUAGGGAGUUUUGUUCAUCUUCUUCUUCUUCUUCUUCUUCUUCCUGUUCGACCAGCAUAACUCAAAAACCG